AUGGGAAACCUAGGGUUCUCUACGCCCUUCGAUGAGAACAUCAUGAGGGCUCUUACCCCUCGAAAAGUUAAGGUUCCCCCUAUCGAUCACUAUGAUGGGACCACUGAUCCUAUCGACCACCUUGCCGCCUUCAAAGCGCAAAUGAGCGUCGAGACUAGUAGUGAGGCAGGCUGGUUCAAGUUCUUCCCAACUACUCUAAAGGGCUUGGCCUUAACCUGGUUCACCGAGCUUCCUUCCGGGAGUAUAUCGAGUUUUACUGCCCUCAAGGCAGCCUUCAAACAGAACUUCAUCGCAGGAAGAAGACAUCGGAAGACCAGUAUCCACCUUAUGUCAAUCAGACAGCGAAGAGAAGAAGACCUAGCCGAAUACAUCAAGAGAUUCAAUGAAGAGUCACUCAAAGUCUCCGAUCUACAAGACAGCGUCGCAUUCACCGCGCUCAUGUCUGGGUUAUAUCCCUCGAGUAGGUUCAAACUAAAACUCGCUGAGAGUGAAGCCUCAUCGUUCUCGGAGGCCAUGAACCUAGCUCAGAAGUUCAUUCAGGCCUCCGACAUCUGUAAAACACAUGAAGAGCCUAACUCCGGAAAAAGAAAGCACGAAUACAUCCCUCGAGCGGAUAACCCUAGAGACACCCCUCAGAAAGAAAAAGAUAAAAAAACUCGAUUAGAAAAUCACUGGAACGACCCCCAAUACAACUUAAAUCAAAGAGAGAUUUACUUAGAUAUCAAGGGGAAGUAUCCCCUGCUAAAACCCAACCCCAUUCGAACGUCAGUCAGCAAGCGAGAUAAGAGGCUCUGGUGCGAGUUCCACCACGAUUGCGGUCACACUACACGUGAGUGUCGAGAAUUGAAGAGGGCACUCGACAAGCUGGCUGAUGAAGGUAAAUUGAACCGAUAUUUAAAGGAUCCAAAAAAAAGAAAGUUGAACCCCGCCAGGGGAAGCAGGCUCGAAGUAACGAGACUGCGGGAUACGUUAAUGUCAUCGCAGGAGGGUUCGCCUCGGGUGGCUUAA